AGCUCCGGAUGGCGUUUCCGCAUGCGCGCAUGCGUCUACGUCUGCUCGCCUCCCAGCAGUCUGCUAGAUGCUCGCGGAAGAGGCGCACGCUUCUGGAAAUCUGAAGCCUCUGCGGGCUUUGCUGUCGCGCUUCUGUGCGUCGUCCUUUAGCAGCAAGACGUGCAGUUACAUGGACCUUUGUCAAUUUUACAUGAUGAACUACGGCGGAAAGAGAAUGGUUGUGCGCCGAAGUUGCCCCUGUGAAGUCGGAGAUUAUUCGCGUACUUGUCCAACUGUCGGACGGGCAGGAGCAAGAGAAGCCAUGACCGUCAUCAGAAAGCAGUACAGGGCGUCAUCUUGCCGGCACCGUCGCAGCCGCGGCAGGAAGCGCAAAGCAACGUUGGACAAGAUGUCCCAUUUAGAUGAAGUGAGAAAUUAUUCUCCCAGCACAACGCCUGCGCCUCAUAGGCAACCUGUGAAGUCAAUCAUCCUCAAAGAGGAGCAUUCACCUUGUAGACGUUGUUUCGAAGACGCCGCGAAACCCAGAGGCUACGACGACAUGAAGGCAAUGUUCCCGUCUGAAGCUACAAGUGAGCCACCCAGGGGACGGCGCUAUGUCGAUACAGUAUCGGCAACAGUAGUUGACUUCCCUGAGCCUCCAUCGAACAGCGAUCUCGAGAAUAACAGCGUCUGGGUCGACGCACUCUUCAAAGAGCUUUUCUGGGUCUUGAAGCUGCACGGCCUUCCUUUCUCUGGCUCCGGACAUGGAGGACAGUCCAGUGCAGGCGGCAUCAAGAAAAGGCGAAGACUACUGCUCGAGCGUGCGGCAGCUUUCGCAUGCCCAGCAGUCUGCGCGGCAUACGCGGUCCACUGCAUGGCCUCCCUGUAUCUGGCCCUCAAGCGCGACCAGGACACCAUUAUGGCUGUCGUGCCUGACGUGUCCGACCUCUGCCGGGCGCUCGUGUCCUCCCUGACAGCUGUCCACGGAGCCCUCAACGGCGCCAGGGUGUCUGCCCUGCUGCGUCACUCGGCAGCCGCCAUGUUCGGGCGCCAGCCUUCGACCAGCGUUCACCUCGCCAAGCCUUCCAAAUGGUCGGCCAUGCGCCGCAUCGUGAUGGCUUCGAGCGGCUUUGCAUUGCUCAGCUGGGUGGUGUUCGUGGGGCUCCGUAUCUCGACGCUCCGCCGUCGAGGCCCGCGGGAGUAUUGCGUGUCGUACCUGUACGGCUUUGACCCUUACGGCGGUGAUGGUGGACCAGCAGUUUAUGUGGUGCCGGCGUUGGACGCUCUGCUGUACGGGGCUAUUAUGGCGGUGCCUCGCUGGAGCAUCGCCCUGCACGUCUCCCUCUGCCUCUUCCUGGGCGCUAUGGCCGAGCAGCUGUCCGACAGCGUGAGACAGGCUGCCGAACCACAGGAGAGACAGCUCGCAGCCGCCGAGGUCCGGGAGCUGCGGCUGCACCAUGCGUCGCUGUGCCGUGCCAUCGGCCGCUGCGACGACCUCUACAAUUGGCUGCUCUUCAUCUGGUGCGGAGACACGGUGCUGUGCUUCAUCUUCGGCGUGCCCUGGAUCAUGUCGCGCGCCGACGUGGACGAGCCAGGCGCGUACGCCGCGGCCUCCAUCGACGUCACCCUGGCCGUCGUCCUCCUCGUGGCCCUGUUAGUUGCGGCCUCGGAGCCCGGACGCUUGGCGAAGGACUCGCUGACGCCUCACGUGCUGCGCCUUGCAUGCUGCGACCACCACGCGGGCGCCUCUGCGUCCCGCACGCAGGCCGAGGAGAUGGCCCUGAAUCAGGAGCUGCUGAUGCUGUCCACGGCCGUGCGAGGAGCACGAGUGGAGAUGUCGGGCUGGAACUGCUUCGACGCACACCGCGGCAGCACCAUCACCGCCAUGUCUAUGCUGGCCACGUAUGCGGUGCUCGUCUACCAGAUGCUGCACCACAUCGAGUGAGGCCGCCCGCGAGCAAGGCAAAAAAAUAAAGCACGUCGCAGAGAUCGCGAAGAAUUAACUGGCGAGGGCGUUUUUGUGCGU